AUGGAUACUGCGAGAGCUUGGCUGAAUAAGUUAAAGUCUAAAGGGAAGGAGAAAUCCUCGAGAAAGAAGGAAACUAGUAGAAGUGAUGUAAAGGAUGGAUCCAAAACAGCUGGAGGUGAAGAAGUUGUGUCAAAUGUAACAAAGCAGAAGGCUGCAGCUGCAAAACAGUAUAUCGAAAAUCAUUAUAAAAAACAAGUGCAAAGUCAGCAGGAAAGAAAGGAGCGACGUAAUAUGCUGGAAAAUAAGUUAGCUGCUGCAGAAGUCUCUGAGGAAGAGCAAAAGAAUUUGCUUAAGGAUUUAGAGAAGAAGGAAACUGAAUACAUGCGCCGUCAGAGGCAUAAAAUGGGAACUGAUGACUUCGAGCCAUUGACAAUGAUAGGAAAGGGCGCUUUUGGAGAGGUUAGGAUAUGUAGGGAGAAGGGAACAGGCAAUGUCUAUGCAAUGAAAAAGCUGAAGAAAUCUGAGAUGCUACGUAGAGGCCAGGUGGAACAUGUAAAAGCUGAGAGAAAUUUACUUGCAGAGGUUGACAGCAACUGCAUCGUGAAGCUGUAUUGUUCUUUCCAAGAUGAAGAAUAUUUAUAUCUUAUUAUGGAGUAUCUACCUGGUGGGGAUAUGAUGACGUUACUUAUGAGGAAAGACACACUUACUGAAGAUGAGGCAAGAUUUUAUGUUGGGGAAACUGUCUUGGCUAUAGAGUCCAUUCAUAAGCACAACUAUAUCCACAGAGAUAUCAAGCCUGAUAAUCUGCUACUCGACAGAAGCGGUCACAUGAAAUUAUCAGAUUUUGGAUUGUGUAAGCCAUUAGACUGUAGUGUUCUCCAGGAAAAAGAUUUUACAGUUGCACACAACCUUAGUGGUGCUCUACAAAGUGAUGGUCGCCCUGUGGCACCAAGACGCACCCGUUCCCAACUGGAACAACUGCAAAACUGGCAGAAAAAUAGAAGGAUGCUUGCUUAUUCCACAGUUGGAACUCCUGACUAUAUCGCCCCAGAAGUUUUGCUGAAGAAAGGAUAUGGAAUGGAAUGUGAUUGGUGGUCUCUUGGUGCCAUCAUGUAUGAAAUGCUUGUGGGGUUUCCACCAUUUUAUUCAGAUGAACCAAUGACAACGUGUAGGAAGAUAGUAAAUUGGCGAAAUUAUUUGAAGUUCCCAGAAGAGGUUAGAUUAUCACAAGAGGCGAAGGAUCUUAUUUGUAGACUUUUAUGCAACGUAGAACAAAGGCUUGGAACAAAAGGGGCAUAUGAAAUUAAGGAUCACCCUUGGUUCAGAGGUGUCGAAUGGGAAAAAUUGUAUCAAAUGAAGGCUGCUUUUAUUCCCAAAGUUAAUGACGAGUUGGACACUCAAAAUUUUGAAAAAUUUGAAGAGACUGCCAAGGAAGUUCCAAAGUUGUCAAAAUCAGGUCCAUGGAGAAAGAUGCUCUCAUCCAAAGACAUUAACUUUGUGGGUUAUACUUACAAGAACGUUGAAAUAGUAAAUGACGAUCAAUUACCAGGGAUAGCUGAGCUGAAGAAGAAGAGCACAAAGCCAAAGCGGCCAUCAAUUAAAUCCCUCUUUGAGGAUGAAUCAGUGAGUGGCACCACAAGUCAGCAGGGAAGCUUCUUGAAACUCCUGCCAACACAGAUCGAAUUUCCAGAGAAAGAAGGCAAAUCGAGCUCAUAA